ACGAGCCUAACACAGAGACACACAUUCACACCGAGAGCUACGAUGAAGAAGUAUAUUGGAAACGAACACUGGAAGUCAAAAUGCCCAACAAAGGAGGGUAAUAUCUUCAUUUGAAGAACUAAAGAGGCGAGUGAUUAUUUGGAAAUACUGUAGUCUCCUUCUCUGACUGGUUUACACAUCAUCACCAUGGAUAGUUUGAACUCGAAAGAGUGAAGAAAUCACCGGGACAAAUCAUAACAGCUCCUUUGUUUAGUCUGUGGGGUUUUACACGCGUAAUACUGAGAUACUUCCAGUCAUGCCAUGACGCAUCAGACGCGUGCGUAAAAGUGGCAUUCGCGGCUGUGCGUGGACAGAUAUCAAGAGCUCUGGUUACUUUAUUAUUUACACAUCUCACAUUUAUCAACUUUGAGAAAAUCUAACGGUGACGAUCCGUGAUAUCAGUCACGAAUUGUGUUGAAAUCAUUGACAGAGUGACAAAAUAAUCAACCGCAGGAACAUAGUCUAGACGUUGAGAGGAUUUAUUGCGUUUGCGUUUAAUUCAGAUCAAUCCGGAUCUCCUUUAAGAGUGGAUUUAACACUUCUGAGUCUCACUUUUUUGAGAGAAAGAAGGCGGAUACGAACUUGGUCGCAUUCAUCUCCAUCCACCCUGUUCUGUUUAUUAUCACGGAAGAUGAAAAGCUUGAUAUUCGAAGUGCUUUGUUUUGUGUCCAUCCUCAUCUCCAUCCGCUGCACACCGGCACCGGACACCGAACCCCCGAGCAUCAGCCCGAGCUGCGGGUCCUGCGGGCUCAGCCAGACGGAUGGAGGCACUCUGGUGGAUGUGGAUUUGUUGGAGGUGGUGAAGAGACACAUUCUGAGCCGGUUACAGAUGCGGGACAGACCCAACAUCACCCACCCCAUCCCGAAGGCGGCGAUGGUGACCGCGCUCAAGAAGCUCCACGCCGGGAAGGUGCGCGAGGACGGGAGGGUGGAGAUCCCGAACCUGGAUGGACACUCCACGUCCGCGAACGAGGUGGAAGAGGAGACCUCGGAGAUCAUCAGCUUCGCCGAGACAGACGAAUCGCUGACCUCCAAAACCAGCCUGUUUUUCGUGAUAUCCAACGAGGGCAACCAGAACCUCCAUGUGUCUCAAGCCAGUCUGUGGUUGUACUUCAAGAUUCUCCCAAAUGUUUUGGAGAAAGGCUCGAGGAGGAAGGUCACGGUGAAGGUUUACUCGCAGGAACCGGGACUUGGGAGCAAGUGGAACUUGGUGGAGAAGCGUGUGGAUCUCAAACGCAGCGGAUGGCACACUUUUCCAUUGACGGAGGCCGUGCAAAUGGUUUUUGCCAAAGGCAAUCGACGGCAGAACCUGGAUGUACGGUGUGAAGUGUGCGAUAAGAUGGGUGUCAUGCCUAUUUUGGUGAACACAGCCGACGAAUCCCAUCGUCCAUUCCUUGUGGUCCAAGCUCGAGCGGCCGACAACAAACACCGCAUCCGCAAACGAGGUCUUGAAUGCGAUGGAAGCAGCAGCUUGUGUUGCCGCCAACAGUUUUACAUCGAUUUCCGCCUCAUCGGCUGGAACGAUUGGAUCAUCGCCCCAUCAGGGUACUUUGGGAAUUAUUGCGAAGGGAAUUGUCCGGCGUACAUGGCCGGAGUUCCCGGAUCGGCUUCAUCUUUCCACACGGCCGUCGUAAAUCAAUACCGCAUGCGAGGAAUGAGUCCGGGAUCCAUGAACUCCUGCUGCAUCCCCACCAAACUCAGCACCAUGUCCAUGCUGUACUUUGACGACGAAUACAACAUCGUGAAACGGGAUGUGCCCAACAUGAUCGUCGAGGAGUGCGGCUGUGCUUGAGACUUCCAAAUUAUCAUAGUAAGAAACUAAUAUUUAUGACUCACACGUGCUCACAAAUCCCCAACUCUUCCACGCAUCUUUGUACAUAUAUUUAUGUUCUUUAAUCAUCGAGCAAUUUAGUUCCAGUCUACAGGUUUGUACGAUUCUGUCACAUCAAAGGGAUGGGAUCGCUUUUAUCUCUGUUUACACUUUUAUUGGCAUCGAUGGUCAUCCAUUAGACAAGAGGUUCUUUAGAUCACUAAAAUGUUUUUCACACUUGUCUUUUAAAGAGAUAGUUCAGCCUAAAAUUAAAAUGUUCUGUUAAUUUACUCACCUUCAGGCCAUCCAAGAUGUAGGUGACUUUUUUCCUCAGUAGAGGAGUGAAGAAGAUUUUUA